CGGCGAGGCAGCGACUUCGUCUGGCUACAAUGAUGAAAAGAGACAGCAGAACGUAACGCGAAAAGAUAACGGUGUCUUCGUCACAAGAGGAGGACUUCUGCUGUGCACGUAAAAGUUGAUACCAGUACCACGAAGACUGCGAGAAGGUGAAGUUUUCUGGCCGGUCGUCCGAAGAUUCUGAGAGAAUCUUUGGUCAGAUUUCAUCUGAGAUCACUCACACGAACACACACGUCUGUCGGUGUCUGUUACGUCAUCUUCAACCUCGACUGAAUGGACAGAACACGAUUUGCAUAUGCCACGGCUCUGGUUGUGGGCGCCGGCUCGGCGGUUUUCUUUUUCUGGUGGUGGUGGGCCAGGAAACAAAAGCCUAAGCCACCGUCGAAAUGGCGAAAAGUCGGUGAAUUGAGCGAUAUAUUUGUGUUUCCUGUUAAAUCACUCGGCACGAUCCGCAUGAAUUCCAUGGAUUGCACGAAGUUAGGCUUGAGAUCCGGCUGGCUCAGGGAUCGCACAUUAAUGAUUAUUGAUCUUGACGGAAAUUUCGUCACAGCCAGACAAAUGCCUAAGAUGGUUCAGGUGAUACCCAGCAUUUCUGGUUCCAUAUUGACAUUCAACGCUCCGGGUAUGAUGUCAGUGUCGAUAGAUCUUGCUCAACUACGUGGAAAAAGUUUUCAAACUGCUGUGUGGGGUCAAGCGGUGCCGGCAUGCGAUUGCGGCGAAGAACCAGCUCGAUGGCUGUCACGCUUUCUUCUUCAAGAAGAUACCGGUCUUCGAUUAGUCUAUUAUCCAGUAGAUCAUCCGACAAGAGAAAUAAGAGAGAAGAACAAAGUCUUUCGACUAGAAUCGAAUGACACUGGAGCUUAUCCGGACGCGACAAGCUACAAUCUCAUCAACGAAGCUUCGGUAACAGAACUGAAUAGUCGACUCGAGGAAGAAGUCACGCCGCUGCAAUUUCGUCCGAACUUUGUGGUCAAGGGCGCUACGCCUUACGAAGAAGAUAAGUGGGACUGGGUGAAGAUUGGCGACGUGAUCAUGAGAAAUGUUAUGCCGUGUACGAGGUGCAUGUUCACUACGAUAAACCCGGAAACUGGAAUAAAACAUCCCAAUACGGAGCCUUUAAAGACCUUGAGAAGUUAUAGGCAGUUUGACGAUUUGGAACUCCGUUCCAAAAGCAGCUACAGCCCGAUUCUGGGUAUUCAUCUUGCACUGCGAGGUUCAAAUGGAACAGUCCGCCUGGGCGAUCCGGUUUACGUGGGCAUCACGGACGAAGAGAUGCCGAAUCUGGUUUCGCCGUCAUAGCUACGUCGCUGGGACUCCUGCGUUUUAGAACACGAGCUACCGACUGAAGAAACGUGAAAAGCGGAGUCCCAGAUCAACGAUGAUAUUUUGACAGCUAUGCUUUACUGCA